ACAGUAGAAAGGAGUGACGUUCAAAAUGGAGCACCGAGCACGUACCUUCUUGGCUAUGGCUUCCAAGCUCUCGAGCCAAAUUCGAAAUCUGACAAACACCGUGACUCUCCGAAUUCUCGUGCAUCGAUUUUCUAAUGCUUCGGAUGCAACCCGCUCUCUCCUCAGUAUUAGGCGCUUUUCCAAUGGUUCUUGUCAACCAUUGUCCCCCAUCGAGCCCUCUGCCUCUUCUCCCAAGGAAUUGCCUCCGCCUCGGACUAGUCCAAAAAUUGAAAACGGUGCGGCGUCGGCUUCCUCCUCUUCAUCUUUGAAGGAGAUUGAGCUGGCUAAAUUUGCUGCUAUUGCUGAAACAUGGUGGGAUUCUGAUGGUCCAUUUAAACCUUUGCAUGUUAUGAAUCCUACAAGACUUGCGUUCAUCCGGUCAACGCUGUGUCGGCAUUUUAGGAAGGACCCUAGCAGUGCUCAGCCUCUUGAAGGACUUAAAAUUGUUGAUGUAGGUUGCGGUGGCGGAAUUCUCUCUGAGCCGUUGGCUCGGAUGGGAGCUACUGUUACAGGAGUUGAUGCGGUAGAGAAGAAUAUCAAGAUUGCUCGGCUUCAUGCUGAUCUGGAUCCAGGAACUUCAACCAUUGAGUAUUGUUGCACAACAGCUGAGAAGCUUGUUGAAAAAGGCAGAAAAUUUGAUGCUGUGAUGGCCUUAGAGGUGAUUGAACACGUAGCAGAUCCUGCAGAGUUCUGCAAAUCCCUGGCAGCACUAACUGUCCCAAAUGGAGCCACUGUAAUUUCAACAAUCAAUCGGUCAAUGAGGGCAUAUGCUACGGCCAUUGUUGCUGCAGAAUACAUUCUCGGCUGGCUCCCCAAAGGAACACAUCAGUGGUCCUGUUUUCUUACUCCUGAAGAACUAGCCCUUAUUCUACAACGUGCCAAUGUCAAUGUGAAGGAGAUGGCAGGGUUUGUUUAUAACCCUCUGACUGGACGGUGGUAUUUAUCAGAUGAUAUUAGCGUGAACUUUAUUGCGUUUGGUACCUUAGACUCUGUAUAGAAAAUUAGAAGUACAUUGACGAGACAAGUUUUAAAAAUUAUUUUUCCUCAAUGCCAAUAAAAGAACUUUUGCUUAUUUUCCAUAUUUAGUUACAGUCGCAGAAAUUGUCAAAUUGUUUUAGUUUGAUACUUAAAAAGCAAAUACAUCAAUUGUAAUGCAGAUUUUUAAUAUCAACUGCAGAUGACUCCUCCUUUCAUUUA